UGCGGUAGCGUGUCGUCUUCACGGUGGAUUAUCAAGUGCAUUGAAUAAUUUUCUUCAUCUGAACAAACUAAGCAAUAUUUUGGCGUGCUGUGUCAUCAAGUCAAACAGAUUCCUGCUAAAAGCGUUGCUUUGCAAAAAAAAAGCAUCGAUAUCUGGAGAAAGAAUCUUGGAAGUAAAUUUCGCAAAUUUUCAAAGAAAGCAUACAGAAACGCCGGCAUCGUCUGGGACGGAAACCGCGUCAACAAUAAUUGAGAGCAGAGAACUGUAGAAUUUGCACUAACGGAGAUUGGUGUGAGUGCGGUGCGGAAAAGAGCAUCAAAGCGGAAGAAUCCCCUUGUCUCCUUCUCGGUUGGAAGUAAAUAAGUACAACUCGGCUCCGUUGCGCAGAUUUAGUUGGAAGCCGGGCUUCAACGCGUUCAGUUCUUAUAGCGAAUCCCCUAAAGCGCCGUGUUUUCCCUGUGAGCGAUAGAAGGAUAUUUGUAAGGCGACUCAGCUUCCUUAGCUGGUCCUAGUGAGCGGGAGUGAUCUGCAGAUUUUAGUGAGAAGACGGACGGGUGAUCCCCAAACACGAGUGAUCAAGAAAAAGUGUCUCGGAUAGAGUUUCGUGAAUAAUUGAACAACGAUAGGAAGAACUCUGCCAUUGGAAAACUACCAAUUUUUAUGAGAAGAUAUUCCAUCAAGUGAACUUGAAUACGAAAUAACGUGAAAGUUUAGUUAUUGGAAUACGAAAACAUCGUUAAAGAGCGUCUGUUAAUUCAAAGACAAUUGACGUUGGCUACUAUUUACAGACACUGAAGGAACCAGUGUCAGGUCAGCUAGAGCGCAAUCGCCUGUACAGCGGAGAGCGCCGCCAUUCCUUCCCGUGGAAAACGAUCCCACAAAAAGAAAACACGACGCAACAAAAACGAAACCAUGCCAGCUCGGUUCGAGGACGCCGCUACUGACACCCGGCGUGGUGUCCCCAGACAUCUAGGGGAACACAACGAAUGUUGUCACAUACCGGAUGACAUUUGCAUCACAGGCUUCUCCGGGCGUCUCCCGGAAAGCUCCAACAUCGAAGAGUUCAAACGCAAUCUGAUGGAGGGCAUUGAUAUGGUGAACGACGAUGACCGCCGGUGGCCACGAGGACUGUACGAAUUGCCCACCAGAAUAGGCAAAAUAAAGGACGAUGAUCUGCAGAAUUUAGACGCUGAAUUUUUCAAGAUCCACCAGAAGCAGGCGGAAUGUAUGGACCCACAGAUGCGAAUGCUGCUGGAGUGCACUUACGAGGCAAUCAUCGAUGCGGGCAUCAAUCCACAGGAAAUUCGUGGCAGCCGCACUGGUGUCUACAUUGGUUGCUCCAACUCGGAAACGGAGCAGCACUGGUGUGCCGAUCCAGACCUGGUCAAUGGGUACGGUCUCACGGGAUGUGCCCGGGCUAUGUUUGCAAAUCGGCUCUCGUAUACAUUCGACUUCAAGGGACCCAGUUUCGCGGUGGAUACGGCCUGUUCGAGUUCCCUGAUCGCAAUGUCAACGGCGUUUGCCGAUAUGAAGGCAGGCCACUGCGACGCGGCCAUCGUUGCCGGUUGUGGGCUGAUUCUGAAACCUACGAUGUCUUUGCAGUUCAAGAGAUUAAACAUGCUGGGAAAAUCGGGCACCUGUAAGGUGUUCGACGAGUCCGGCGAUGGAUACGUGCGGUCUGAUGGUUGCGUUGUCACAUUCCUGCAGCGAUCGUCUCAUUCACGACGGGUUUAUGCUAGUGUUUUGAAUGUUCGCAUCAAUACGGACGGGUACAAGGAGCAGGGAAUUACAUUCCCUAAUGGAGAAAUGCAGAAGCGAUUGAUAAAAGAGACAUACGAAGAGAUCAAUUUGAAUCCGUCCGACGUAGUUUAUGUUGAAGCGCACGGAACGGGAACGAAAGUCGGCGAUCCACAGGAAAUCAAUGCUAUCACUGAUUUCUUCUGCAAAGACCGUAAAGCUCCUCUUCUGAUAGGAUCCGUCAAAUCAAACAUGGGACAUUCGGAACCUGCUUCGGGGGUGUGUUCGAUCGCUAAGAUUCUCAUUGCUAUGGAGGAGGGAAUCAUUCCAGGGAAUCUACAUUACGCAAACCCGAAUCCAGACUUGUACGGUUUGAUAGACGGUCGUGUGAAGGUAGUGGAUCGGAACAUGCCCUGGAACGGUGGUAUCAUUGGGUUGAAUUCAUUCGGCUUCGGUGGUGCUAACGCCCAUGUUAUUCUGAAAUCGCAUCCAAAGCCGAAACCAAUAAGUCCGAGAAAUGGAUUCCCGAAAUUGGUUCUCGCUUCUGGCCGCACCGAAGAGGCUGUUGAGGAAUUUUUGAAGGCAGCCGAGGCCAACCAAAAUGACGAGGAGUUGAUUGGAGUGAUGAACGCGAUUCACAGUAAAAAUAUUCCGCUGCAUUUCAAUCGUGGCUAUGCUGUAUUGGGAGACGAACAGAGUGUCCGCGAGAUUCAAGAAGUGAGCGAUGAAAAACGUCCCAUUUGGUUUAUUUAUUCCGGCAUGGGUUCACAGUGGGCAAGUAUGGCAAAGGAAAUGAUGCAGGUGGAGAUUUUCAGUAACAGCAUCCAUCGUUGCGCCGAUGCACUCCGGGCAGAGGGAGUCGAUCUGAUCGAUAUCCUUACGAAUAGUGAUGAAGCCAAGUUCGAUAAUAUAAUAAAUUCGUUCAUAUCAAUCGCUGCCGUACAAGUUGCGUUAACUGAUGUACUGAACCAUGUUGGCAUCACACCCGAUGGUAUGGUGGGACACUCCGUGGGCGAGUUAGGAUGUGCUUAUGGUGACGGAUGUUUCACUGCGGAACAAACUGUAUUGGCGGCUUACUGGAGAGGUCGUAGUAUCAUGGAUACUAAACUAAUGCCUGGUCAAAUGGCAGCGGUGGGUCUUUCGUGGGAAGAAUGUAAGAAAAGAUUGCCAAAGGAUAUUACUCCAGCGUGUCAUAAUAGCAGCGACAGUGUGACGAUCUCCGGUCCAGUAGACUCGGUGACUAAAUUUGUCGCUGAGCUGAACGCUGAAAAUAUCUUCGCUAAGGCUGUCAAAUCGUCCGGUAUUGCUUUCCACAGCCGAUACAUUGCCGAAGCCGCUCCAAAGCUGCGAAAGUCACUAGACAGAAUAAUUCCGAAUCCAAAGAGUCGCUCUCCGCGCUGGAUAAGCACCAGCAUUCCGGAAGAGGGCUGGAAUACGGCGCUGGCACAGCAAUCUUCAGCUGCGUACCACGUGAACAAUUUGCUCUCUUCGGUUCUGUUUGCUGAAGGUUUGCAUCAUGUACCAGCGAACGCGAUCUGCAUCGAAAUCGCACCCCAUGGUUUGCUUCAGGCUAUCCUGAAGCGCGCUCUGGGAAAGGAUGCAACGAAUCUAAGCUUAAUGAAGCGGGGUCACACCAACAACGCUAUCUUCAUGUUGACUAAUCUUGGAAAACUAUAUGCCGCUGGUGCGCAGCCACAAGUGAAAAAUUUGUACCGACCGAUAUCGUACCCGGUUGGUCGCGGAACGCCUAUGUUGAAUUCCCUAGUGAAAUGGGAUCACUCCACCAAGUGGUUCUUGACCAAAUUUGGCGUUGAAAACAAAUCCGGUGAGACUAUUAUUGACGUCAAUCUGGACAAACCCGAAGAUGCCUAUUUGGCUGGUCAUACUAUCGACGGUCGUGUUUUAUUCCCAGCCACGGGGUACAUGACACUAGCUUGGCGUACUUUUGCUAAAAUGCGUGGAUCUGAGAUGGAAAAAACUCCCAUCGUUAUUGAGAACGCUGUAUUCCAUCGUGCAACAAUUCUGCCAAAGGGAGGAUCCGUAAAGUUCGGAAUCAAUUUCUUCGAUGGAACUGGUGCGUUCGAGAUUUGUGAAGGAGGUUCCUUGACGAUGUCCGGAAAAAUAUCAAUUCCAGAGAAUAUCGAAUUGGAACAAUUGAAUUUAUAUACGCUUGAUCAGGACAAAUCGGGCAUCGCGCUUAGUACGAGCGAUGUUUACAAAGAAUUGCGACUAAGAGGAUACGAUUAUGGCGGCUUGUUCCGUGGUGUGAGCAAGGCUGAUGGCAGAGCCGUUACUGGUGAACUUCAAUGGAAAGAUAACUGGGUAAGCUUCAUGGACACAAUGCUGCAGUUUAGUAUUCUUGGAAAAAAUAUGCGAGAGCUGUAUCUGCCCACGAGAAUCGAAAAAGUAGUCAUCGAUCCAGCACGCCACUUAGACAUGAUGAACAGUCUAAAAUCGAAAAGCUUGGACGCACCGGUGACGGUCUACCGCAAUAUUGACGUUAUCAAGAGCGGCGGUGUUGAGAUGCGUGGACUCAAAGCAACGUUGGCUCCCAAACGUGCUGGAUCGCAAGCUGCCCCAACCUUGGAAAAGUACGUUUUCGUUCCCAAUUUCAACGAGAAGGAGCUAGCGGAAAACAGCGAUAAAGCUAAACAUCGCUCGAUUUCAACAGCUGUUCAUACCGUCAUCGAAAAUAGUGCUGGAGCACUGAAAAUCAAAGUUGCCGAAGCUUGCUUCCAGCGAGCCCCGGAAAAUACAAUGGCUGGAACGGUACAGUCCAUCAUUGAGGGCGAACCGACUCUUGUUAGUGAUGUUGCAGUAGCUACCAUCUAUCAGCCGGAAGCAUUCGCUCAACACUACGGUGAAUCCGGCGUUCGCAUGGUUGCAAAAGAUGCUGCGGCUACUCCGAUCGAACAAGGUUGCCAUUUGGUCAUCUCCUAUGAUAUCCUCGGUCGCCCAGAUGGACAGGUAGUGCUUAGUAAUCUUCGCCAAUCAAUACGCGAAGAUGGUUUCAUUCUGCUGGAAGACUCCCGCGCGGACUUCGAAGCUACCGGAAAAGGUAAAACAUUAUUUGAUUCGCUGAAGUUAACUGUGGUGUGCUAUCAAAUUUGCGAAAAAAGGGUUUAUCUCCUUUUACGUCCGACUGUUAGUUACGAGCAGCGCAAAAAUACAGUCAUUCAAAUUACCGAAAAGAAUUUCGCUUGGUUGGAGGCGCUGAAGUUAUCCAUUGCAAAGGCUGAGGAGACAAACACUUUUGUGUACAUCGUUUGUCAAGGUGAAGAACUGUGCGGAUCCCAGGGAUUAAUCAAUUGUAUUAAAAACGAAGCGGGAGGUAAAUUUGCACGCAUGAUAUUCAUACAAGACAAACGGGCGGAGAAAUUCUCGUUAACUGGGAAACUAUUUGCCGAACAGCUGAGGAAAGAUUUGAUCUGCAAUGUGUUGAAUGCAAGCGGAGUUUGGGGUGCCUUCCGCCAUCUGCGGUUGGACAGCCAAACAAAUGCUCCCUCGUUGCCGGUCGAACACGCGUACAUCAAUGCAUUAACGAAGGGUGAUUUGGCCAGUUUGAAGUGGAUCGAGGGACUCCUCUCUCGCGACAAACCAGAUGUAAAGGAUAAGAAAAUCGAACUGUGCACCGUUUACUAUGCCCCCAUAAACUUCCGUGACGUUAUGCUGAGUUCCGGAAAGCUUGGAGUUGAUGCCUUGCCAGGAGACUUGCCGACUCAGGAUUGCAUUCUCGGACUCGAGUUUGCUGGUCGUGAUUCGAAGGGUCGCCGCAUCAUGGCCAUGGUUCCGGCUAAGUCACUAGCUACCACGUGCAUCGCACAUCGCAAUAUGAUGUGGGAUGUCCCCGACAACUGGACGAUGGAGCAAGCUUCCACCGUUCCGUGUGUAUAUUCGACUGUCUACUACGCGUUGGUCAUUCGAGGCCGUAUGAAGCGGGGUGAAUCGAUUCUCAUUCAUGCGGGCUCGGGCGGUGUUGGUCAAGCGGCUAUAUCCGUGGCCCUAGCAGCUGGGUUGACCGUAUUUACGACGGUUGGAAGCCAAGCGAAGCGCGAUUUCCUCAAACGUACCUUCCCCCAAUUGCAAGACCAUAAUAUUGGCAAUUCACGCGACUGUUCGUUUGAGCAAAUGGUUAUGCAACAGACCCAAGGCCGUGGGGUAGAUCUGGUGCUGAACUCACUAGCCGACGAGAAACUGCAGGCAUCUGUGCGUUGUCUGGGUUUAAAUGGACGCUUCCUAGAAAUUGGCAAAUUUGAUUUGAGCAACAAUAGUCCACUGGGAAUGUCCGUAUUUUUGAAGAACACCUCGUUCCAUGGAAUCUUAGUUGACAGCAUUAUGGAAGGUGACGAAGAAACACUUGCACAGGUAGUCAGCCUGGUGGCUGAGGGCAUCAAAACAGGCGCAGUGCGACCUCUCCCAACUAGUGUAUUCGGUGAUCAUGAAGCUGAGCAGGCAUUCAGGUUCAUGGCCUCCGGCAAGCACAUUGGUAAAGUAGUACUUAAAAUAAGGGAUGAAGAAAAGGCCAAGAUUGUUAUCCCAACACCGAAAUUGAUCACCGCCAUUCCACGCACUUAUAUGCACAAAGAGAAAAGCUACAUCCUGAUCGGGGGUUUGGGUGGGUUCGGCCUAGAGCUCGCCAACUGGUUGGUAUCGCGGGGAGCGACAAAAAUGGUGCUGACAUCUCGUAGUGGAGUUCGAACGGGCUACCAGUCGCUGAUGAUCCGUCGCUGGACAGAGCGUGGAGUUUCCGUGUCGAUAGAUACGAACGAUGUGACCACGUUGAAAGGGGCACAAAAAAUGCUGACAGAAGCCAAGCAACUUGGGCCGGUUGGGGGUAUCUUCAAUUUGGCAGCUGUGUUACGCGAUGGACUGUUGGAAAACGCAACCGAAGCCGACUUCAAAACGGUUUGCACGCCCAAGGUUGAUGGUACGAAGAAUUUGGAUCAGGCUUCACGCGAACUGUGUCCAGAUUUGGAUUACUUCGUGUGCUUUUCGAGCGUGUCUUGUGGUAGGGGUAAUAUUGGCCAGGUAAAUUACGGUCUAGCAAAUUCGGCUAUGGAGCGAAUUUGUGAGGCACGGCACAACGCUGGUUUGCCCGGAACUGCCAUUCAAUGGGGGGCCAUUGGUGAUACCGGACUGGUUUUGGAAACUUUGGGUGAUAACGAAACUGUAAUUGGUGGUACUCUACCCCAGAGGAUGCCUUCGUGUUUGCAGACUAUCGAUUUCUUUAUGCAACAGCCAUGUCCAGUGUUGGCCUCGAUGGUGGUAGCAGAGAAGCGAAAGGCCGAAACGGCAGGAGUUGGAUUGGUGAGUUCGAUUGCCAACAUUCUGGGCUUGAAGGAUACCAAGAAUGUCACGGAUUCGGCAACACUAGCCGAUCUCGGAAUGGAUUCACUGAUGGGGGCGGAAAUUAAGCAGACGCUAGAACGCAACUUUGACACAGUUUUGAGUGCAGCCGAAAUUAGGAUGUUAACCUUUGGUAAGCUCAAAGCCUUGGAGAGUGGCGGAGGGGAAGUUACCAAUGGACCUGCCAGCGCACCUUCUGACAUACCCGAACCAAAGCAGCAGGACCAGCAAAGUGUCGGAGAUGGUACCCAAGUGCAGUUCAGUGCCGAGUUGAUGCCAACCAAAUGUUUAGUUCGAUUGGAUUCACAAGCACCACCGACGAGCAAGCAGAAUGCGGUGUUUAUGGUUCACGCCAUUGAAGGCGUCAUAACAUCUCUGAUUCCGCUAGCACAAACACUCCCAGUUCCGGUUUAUGGACUGCAAUGUGUAGCUGAUGCUCCUCUCGAAUCGCUGGAAGCACUGGCGGGAUACUACAUCAAACAAAUUCGAACCGUACAGCCCAAAGGACCGUACACAAUAGUUGGCUACUCGUUCGGAGCAUCGGUGGCAUAUGAAAUGGUCGCACAGCUAGAAAAAGCCAAAGAAACCUGUCGACUGCUCAUGCUAGACGGUUCUCCCCGCUACGUGAGCUGGUAUACGGAGGCGCACAGACAGCGCAAAGCUAGUGGAAAAGUCAUACAAGCCGAAGAUGAAGCAUUCGCGCUGGCGUAUUUCGCCAUGGUGUGUGGAAAUUUGGAUUACGGCAAAACUGCUCACGAAUUGAUUACCCCGAAAACCUGGGAUGCACGAUUGCAAAAAUGUGUCGAGUUGAUGCGUGUGAAGGUGCCCCAGUACUCGCAGCAGUUGCUGGAAGUUACGGCAAAAUCAUUCGUAGACAAAAUUUUCGCUAGCCAUUUGUACAAACCCAUGUCCAAGGUUCAAGCCACAGUGAAGCUGGUGAAGCCAACGGAGAAUUAUGCGAAAUUGCAAGGAGACUACGGUCUAUCCGAUUUUUGUAGUAAAGAGGUCAAAGUAUCGACUGUGAAAGGAGACCAUCGAUCGAUGCUGACAGGCGAUUCGAUGCUAGAAAUUUCCAAAGUGUUACAAGAGCUGAUAUAGGAGAAAGACGAACGAUGCACUUCACUUAACAGAAAACAAGGCAUCUCACGGGAGUAAGAAUCAUCGUUAUUUAUUUCUGUUCCUUUCUGUAUAGUUUAGCUUCGCUCUCGUCUAUAUUAGAUUUAAAGAAUGAUUUGUUCAGAACAAAUAUAAGCAGCGUCUGUUUAUAAAUAGGGAGACGAAAAUCAUAAAGAAAACUGCCAUUACAUCCUAAAUUAGCUUCCAGCUAGGAACAAUGUCACUUUCCUUUGAUGAUUCUCGUAAAUUUCGUAUGUGAGAUCUGUAUAUUAUUAUUUUUCCUUGCCACAUUUUCUCAUUUUGUUUUUCGAAAUUUGGGGUAAUCCUCAUCUAACAUCUAGAGAGAAUCCGUGUAGCAAAUAAGUUUACAUGGAAAGGAACAUUCCACGACAGAAAAACUAUUUACUUUUUAAAUAUUUAAUACUAUAUAUUAGGUUGUUAGGUUAAUUUUAGUUGGCAGAAGAUUAAUUUCAGGUACUGAAUUUUGUACUGCUUAGAACGACGCAAUGGUUAGGUACGUUUGCAUCACAAUCUUGUAGCUUAGAGAAUGGAAAUAAAACAUUUAAACAAUGUGUACGCUAUUAAUUUAGUUUACAGACAGACACACCUCCAAUGACUGGUUUAUACACACAAAUAAACAAUUGGAUAGUUUUACAGACAGGGGCAUCCAGGUUUAGUAAAUAAGAUAAUAAUCGAGAAAACAUAAUGAAGCAUUUAAAUACUACAGUUGAGCAGUUUAGAUGGCCGUAGAAUGAUACUCAAAUGAUUAACGUAUAGUGUUGGCGUGUACUGAGCACUUAAUGAUUAUUGCCAAUUCUCUUGACAUCACUCUUGCACAAUGAAUACUAGGACGAAUGUAUAGAUGUAUUUCACCGUUCGCACUGAAUAUGUUGAACAACCCAAAACUAACACAUGUAUAUUUUAAACCAUGUUUCAAAAGCACCGAUGUGGAAAAAGUUGAUCAUAAAUAAAAUGUGAUUAAUUAUAUACAA